GCUCCUCGCGAGAGUAUGCCCGGACCCUACAGGACCGACUUUUGGGAGUCGUGGUUGUGGCAUAAUGUGACAAUACCUUCUUCUGGAAGAGUUCAGCAUGUACAGGCAGUGCCUCAUACAGCCACCUCUUGGUAUAUAACUGGGUUUUCCAUUGACCCUGAAUUUGGCCUGGGAAUCGUCAAGGAACCGAUCGAAUUCUCGACCUUUAAAAUAUUCUUCAUUAAUGACCACCUGCCACACUCCGUAAAACGGGGCGAGUUGGUAUCACUGCAUUUUACUGUGUUCAGCAGGCUAGACGAGGCGUUUGAAGCUAACGUGACGAUGUUUAAUGCAAAGAAUCAAACACAAUUCAUCGAUCGUCCUACAGGAUACGCGAGACAAACGGAAAUGUUGAUGGUCCCACCGAAAUCUGAGGCACUGGUUUCGUUCCGUGUGAAAGCAUUGAAACUGGGUGAGAUGGAGAUUCGAGUGAAUGCAUCGAUCAUGAAAGGCGUUAUCUCAGAUAGCUUCAAAAAAAUCAUAAAAGUUCUUCCGGAAGACAUAGUGCGUCGAAAAUCAAAAAGUAUACGUUUCCAUCAUGAAACUCCUUCAAACGAAUCAAUCGACAUUUCUCUUUGUAUUGGCAAGAAGGCAAAAAAGGGCUCCAGAAAUGUUAACGUGACUGUCCACCCGGUUCAGCAACGAUCAAAAAAUGUCACAAACAAUUAUACUGUAUCAUUUCAUUACUGUGAUAAAGUAGAAAUAAUACAUGUAACUCCACGGUUCAAGGAGAACAUCAGGAUAGAAUCCGUUCCGAAUAAUGUCAAGAUAUUAUCUGUGAUGUUCAGCGGUAUCGGAUCCGCUGUGAUUGAAGCAAACUGGCAAUACCGUCAAAAUUUGAUCAAUUUUAAACCCCGUUUCAUCAUACAAAUAUUCAAGGUAAAAACAUCUUCUGAGUGGCUGUCGCAGUUUGAUAUUUGUUGCAGCUUCAUUCCGAAGAAUGGGGCGCAGUAUUCAAAUCGCACGGUUGUGGAAGUGAGCAUACCGACAGGUUACGCGAUGGACAAGCAUAAUGUACUUAAUAUCACAACAACCAACCCCAUCAUUGAAAAUGAGGUGCAACAUGAUGGAACGACGAUGCUGGUGUACUUCAAUUAUAUGGGUCAAAAGGUAACUUGCUUCAGUGUUUUUGUAUACAGAAGGUAUAGACUGCACAUAAGGCGUCCCUCAUAUAUCAUGGUGCAAGAUACCCAACGUCCAGAGGUGAAUAAGAUAGUGAUGUUCGACAUCUAUUAG